AAUAGAAGGAAAAAGCGAAACAAAAAAAAAUUUGAUAAACAAUAAAAGUCAAGAGAGAAGAAGAAACAGAAAGCGAAAAACGGAAUAUGAAUAGAGAUGCAAAGAUUACAACAUCAAAAUCUAGCCGACAUCCCAAUGUCGAAGAUCAACAGCGUCAGAGUUGGUCUAGCGGUUUAGAAUUUUUAAUGUCCUGCAUAUCGGUCUCUGUUGGUUUGGGGAAUAUUUGGCGAUUUCCAUUUACCGCAUACGAGAAUGGAGGCGGUGCGUUUUUAGUUCCCUACAUCGUGGUGCUCUUUUUAAUUGGCAAACCUAUGUAUUACUUGGAAGUGUUGUUGGGUCAAUUCACAAGUAGAAGUUCGUUGAAAAUAUGGUCGGUAUGCCCUUCAUUUAUUGGCGUAGGCGUUGGCCAAGCGUAUGCCGGCAUUACUGUAUUAACUUAUUAUUCAUCACUUUUGGCUAUAACACUAUACUAUUUGAUUGCUUCCUUUCAAAAGAUUCUACCUUGGUCUUAUUGCCGCGAUGAAUGGGAGACAAACUGUGUCGAUUCCAAACCCAAGAGCAAUGCAACAUAUCAAACGAAACCCCAAAGCAGUUCCGAGUUGUAUUUCGUAAAAACUGUCAUUCAUGAAUACGACGACAUUUCCGAAGGUAUCGGUUUACCGGAUUGGAGAUUGACUCUUGCAUUAUUUAUUUCCUGGUUAACCACGUUUUUGGUUAUCGUUAAAGGCGUGAAAACAGCAGGCAAAGCUGCAUAUUUUCUGGCUAUAUUCCCUUAUGUCAUUCUUAUAACUCUGCUUGUUCGUGCAGUAACACUCGACGGCGCGAUUGAUGGCAUCAUAUAUUUCUUGAAACCGAACUGGAGUGAGUUAUUAAAUUUAAAGGUAUGGAUGGAAGCUGUUGUGCAAUGUUUUUUCUCAUUGGCCGUGGGCUUGGGACCGCUUGUUAUGUUUUCAUCGUACAAUAAAUUUGACCACAACUCACACAGGGAUGCCAUGAUUGUUACAAGCCUUGACACAAUCACCAGCUUAAUAGCUGGUAUCACAAUAUUUGGAAUUUUGGGGAAUCUAGCUGAUAAUCUUAAUGUAGAGGUGGAUGAAGUGGUGCGUAGUGGUACUGGCUUAGCCUUCAUCUCUUAUCCAGACGCGAUUGCAAAAUUUGAAGCUGCCCCACAACUCUUUUCAGUGUUAUUUUUCGCCAUGUUCUAUGUACUAGGAAUUGGUACGCUUGUAGCCCAGGCUAACACUUUAGUGGCUAUUCUAUGCGACCAAUAUAAAUGGAUGGAUGCUUCGAUCGUUUCAUUGAUAACUACCGUAGGCGGAUUUCUUUGCGGGAUCGUUUAUGUUACUCCAGCCGGUCAAUGGAUAUUAAAUCUUGUGGACUAUUAUGGCGCUACAUUUGUAAUAUUUGGUUUGGCUCUAUUUCAAAUUUGUGGCAUUUCUUGGGUUUACGGUUUGCAAAAUUUUUGCGACGACAUUGAAUACAUGACUAAUCGUCCAGUUUCAUUUUAUUGGCGCAUUUGUUGGUCGAUUAUUACGCCAUUUCUAUUACUUUCCAUUUUUAUAUACUCAAUGGCUGAAUUGAAAACUAUAACCUAUGCUGGCAUGGAGUAUCCAAAAUUGGCAAAUUUUACCGGUUGGUUACUUUUGGCGAUUGGUUUUAUUCAAUUCCCGUUAUGGUUCCUAUGGACUGUGUAUACGCACUAUGAAGGAACUUUUUGGAAAAGUGUUAAAAAGGCGUGUCGACCCGAUGAAUCUUGGGGCCCAAGCGAUCAAUUGAUUAGAAAAGAUUGGUUACUCUACAAGAACAAAAUACGAGAGGACCGAAAGGCGAAAGUUUUGGAUCGGAAAACUUUGCAUUUUUGGCAGAAACUUGUAAAUGUUUUCAGUAAAAAUGGAUAGUGUUCGCGGAUGUACGCAAUCGUAUAUUUCUGUUUAAAGUUGCGGCAUUUAAAAUUUUAACGCACCAGCGUGUAUAUGCUAAGAUAGAAUAGAUAAAGCUCGUACUUGUAUUAUAAAAAAUAUAAGCAAUAAUCACAAUAUCAUCAACAAUAACACAAUUAGGGAUCGAAGUCCAAAGGAGCAGCACGCAUAAAUCUCAAUUUGAAAGAUUCUCGUUAAUUAAUUAUUCGUUCUACCUGACUUUCCGACUAUUAUAAUAUUAGCUGCACUUACCAAUACCAGCUUGUUUACUUUCAAGUUUAUUUUGCACCACCAAUAAAGCACGCUGUGCCACGAAACUUUUUGCCUUUGCUGUCCUUUUUUUCUUUUUACUUUCUCCUUUUUUCAUAAACAAAGUUAACGGUAAUUUACGUAACUUAUAAUACAAUAGAAACUUCGCAGCAAUAGACCCCGGCUCCUACUCGCGAUUCAAAGUACAAGCUUCCAUAUAUGU